GCCUUGCUUGGCAGAAUGAAUGUGAUAGACCACUUGCGAGACAUGGCGGCAGCGGGGCUGCACUCCAACGUGCGGCUCCUCAGCAGCUUGUUACUUACAAUGAGUAAUAACAACCCGGGGUAUACUUUCUUUGUUUUCUAGGAGUUAUUCUCCCCAUCUCAGAAGUACCAGCUUUUGGUGUAUCAUGCAGAUUCUCUCUUCCACGAUAAGGAAUAUCGGAAUGCUGUGAGUAAGUAUACUAUGGCUUUACAGCAGAAGAAAGCCUUAAGUAAAACUUCAAAAGUGAGACCUUCAACUGGAAAUUCUGCAUCCACUCCACAAAGUCAGUGUCUUCCAUCUGAAAUUGAAGUGAAGUACAAAAUGGCUGAAUGUUAUACAAUGCUAAAACAAGAUAAAGAUGCCAUUGCUAUUCUCGAUGGGAUCCCUUCAAGACAAAGAACUCCCAAAAUAAACAUGAUGCUGGCAAACCUGUACAAGAAGGCUGGUCAGGAGCGACCUUCAGUCACCAGCUAUAAGGAAGUGCUGAGGCAGUGCCCAUUAGCCCUUGAUGCCAUUCUAGGUUUGCUGUCCCUUUCUGUAAAAGGUGCAGAGGUGGCAUCAAUGACGAUGAAUGUGAUCCAGACCUUGCCUAACUUAGAUUGGCUUUCUGUGUGGAUCAAAGCGUAUGCUUUUGUGCACAUUGGUGACAACUCGAGAGCAAUCAAUACCAUCUGUUCACUAGAGAAAAAGUCCUUAUUGAGAGAUAACGUGGACCUACUGGGAAGCUUAGCAGAUCUGUACUUCAGAGCUGGAGACAAUAAAAAUUCUGUCCUCAAGUUUGAACAGGCACAGAUGUUGGAUCCUUAUCUGAUAAAAGGAAUGGAUGUAUAUGGCUACCUCCUGGCAUGAGAAGGGCGGCUGGAAGAUGUGGAGAACCUUGGCUGCCGCCUUUUCAAUAUUUCUGAUCAACAUGCAGAACCCUGGGUGGUCUCUGGGUGUCAUAGCUUCUAUAGCAAACGCUACUCCCGAGCCCUCUAUUUAGGAGCCAAGGCCAUUCAGCUGAACAGUAAUAGUGUUCAAGCUUUGCUACUUAAGGGAGCAGCACUUAGAAACAUGGGCAGAGUCCAAGAAGCAAUAAUCCACUUUCGGGAGGCUAUACGUCUUGCACCUUGUCGCUUAGAUUGUUAUGAAGGUCUCAUCGAAUGUUACUUAGCCUCCAACAGUAUUCGUGAAGCAAUGGUAAUGGCUAACAAUGUUUACAAAACUCUAGGAGCAAAUGCACAGACCCUUACCCUUUUAGCCACCGUUUGUCUUGAAGACCCAGUGACACAGGAGAAAGCCAAAACUUUAUUAGAUAAAGCCCUGACUCAAAGGCCGGACUACAUUAAGGCUGUGGUGAAAAAAGCGGAACUGCUUAGCAGAGAACAGAAAUAUGAAGAUGGAAUUGCUUUGCUGCGGAACGCACUAGCUAAUCAGAGUGACUGUGUCCUGCAUCGGAUCCUAGGAGAUUUCCUUGUAGCUGUCAAUGAGUAUCAGGAAGCAAUGGACCAGUAUAGUAUAGCACUAAGCCUCUCCUUUGUUUUGUUGUCCCCUAGUUUGGACCCCAAUGACCAGAAGUCUCUAGAGGGGAUGCAGAAGAUGGAGAAGGAGGAGAGUCCCACGGAUGCCACUCAGGAGGAGGAUGUGGACGACAUGGAAGGGAGUGGGGAAGAAGGGGACCUGGAGGGCAGCGACAGUGAGGCGGCCCAGUGGGCUGACCAGGAGCAGUGGUUCGGCAUGCAGUGAGGCAGGCACAGCUCCGUGGCCACACUGGCCUGCCCCGCUCUGAGCACUUCCAUGGACUGAAGGAACCCGUAGGAGCCCGCUCUCUGGGAGGACAAUGAUUCAGCAUGUGAUUGCAGCAGGGUCUCUGCCCCUUGCUCCCUAUUUCUAGUAGUGACUUCAUUUUUAAAACCUGAGCCCGACCAACCUUCCAUAUAUCUCCAUCCUCCUCUGCUCCAGUCAGGGAGGACCGAGUGAGCGCUCAGAGGCCCGUGGACGUGUCGGGGCUUCUGGGACAGAGUGCUUUUUAUAGAACCAACUUCUAAAUCUGAAAGCUCGAGGAAUAGACAGUGUUUUGUCUGUGAUGUUGCGGAUGGGUUUAAAGGAGCGACCUGUUCCCCAGAGCAAGAGUGUCAUCUCCCAGCAGCAGCGUGGACUGGCCCUUUCAGAGAGGGUUUCCUGUCCCAGAAAUCAUUAUCCUGGGUUGUCCAAACUUCCCUAGUAACCUUGCUUCCUUCUGCAAUGUUAGUAAUGCCUUAAG